AAGCACUUUAUGCCCGAGAAACCAACCACGAUAGCAGCCUACGCUGCAGGUGCUUCCUUAGCUGCCAUCACCCUCUUCUACGUUUUCGGGCCUAAUUUCACCAUUGACGGCGAAGAUUCCAACAUUAGUGGGCGCAAGAAGGGCAUCGUUGGCCUGUCCAACCCGGCCAAUGACUGCUUUAUCAAUUCUGUUCUACAGGCCCUAGCUGGCCUAGGCGAGCUGCGAGUAUACCUUAUCCGCGAACUACACAAGCGAGACCUAGAAGGCGCUGAAAUAUAUGAUGCAUUGCCACCGGUGGAGGAGCUGAGAUCCGGCGAGGUUGCGGAGAAGGUGAAGAAGUUGCAGCUUGCGCCGGUGACGAGGGCGUUGAAGGACAUGCUCGAUGGACUGAAUGAGCGGCCGAUAUACAAGAAAACAAUAUCUGCUAGGGGAUUCGUGCACGCUCUAGAACUUGCGUUUCAUACAAGGAUAAGCAGGAACCAGCAGGAUGCGCAGGAGUUUUUACAGGUCGUUGUUGAGCGUCUGUGUGAUGAGUAUCAUGCCGGAGUGAGGGCGAGGAAGCGAGCGAUGAAGCACAUUGCCGCUCCUGUGCCCAUGGCCGAUGAAGAUGCAGAAUUGCCUCGAGAGGCCGUAGACGGUGAAGAUGCGAACACUACCCCGAUGAUAGAGCUGAGCAUGCAGGAUGGCAGUUCCAAGCCGGUGGUUGAAGCCGAAUCAGAGGCUGGCUUCCCGCUCGAAGGAAUGCUCGAAUCCCAGAUCGAGUGCGAGCACUGCAAGUACAAAUAUAAACCAAAGCAGACAUCCUUUGUCAACCUCACCUUACAGGUGCCCCAGAAGAGCUCGGCAACCUUGAGCUCCUGUUUCGACGGGCUGUUGAAAACAGAAUAUAUCGAUGACUUCCGCUGUGAAAGAUGCCAGCUCGUCUAUACCCUUGAGCAGAAAUGCAAGGCACGGUCUCGCGCCUCGUCAGAGAACACGGGAGAGUCUCUGGAUAACGAAAUAGCACUUCUCAAGCAAGCUAUCGAGAAUGACCCCGAAAUAAUCCCUGAAGGCGUCACUAUGCCCAACCCGUCAGAGGUCCCUCGUCGCAGGAUAGCAAAAUAUAUGCGAAUCACGGUGUUCCCAAAGGUGAUUGCUAUUCACCUCUCCAGGUCAAUAUUCGAUCAUGCUUUCUCUACCAAGAACGCAGCAAAGGUCUCGUUCCCAGAACGCCUGGCGCUGGGGGGCUUCCUGGAGAAGAAAUGGUACAAGCUUCUUGCUAUCGUCUGCCAUAAGGGGAGCCAUAACAGCGGCCACUACGAGUCCUUCAGACGGAAUCACGUCUACGCACCCUUUUCAACACCGGAUGUUUUCCGUUCAUACGCCCAGAGCCGCGCCCAGAGCCAGAAUCCCUCUACCUUCCCUAGCCCACGGAUAAAUUCCUCCCCGUCAAAGCAAAACACAGGCGACAUGACUCCUCUAAACAUAUCACCCGUAUCCCAAUCUCCGUCCACCACCGCAUCAACAGUCUCCUUCCCGGUCGCCGGAGGCACCGCAACAGACACAACCCCUUCGAUCCCCUCCCGGCCUGCCUCAGGUCAAGCAUCUCAGCUAUCGUCCAAACCAUCACAUUUACAGUCCACAUCUGGGGCUCAACCCAACACCCCAGACAGAGCUCCUUCUACUUCCUCAUCCUCCAUAAGACGACAUAUUGACGCAGCUUUACCCGGCGACCUUCUCUCUCCACGCCGCGAUCCAACUGUCAAGCGAAGCAAACCAGCAACUCCCACACCAGACGCGCCACCGUCAUCGUCUUCCAGAUUCCGGUGGAAGAAAAAACCCAGUGAACGCUGGUGGCGUAUUAGCGACGAGAGAAUCAGAGAGUGUAAGACCAGCGACGUCCUGAACAUGCAGAAAGAGGUCUACUUGCUAUUUUACGAAUUAGAGCGCCCUAGCGACGAUUCAUGAUACCUUA